UGGGAGUUCUCCUGAGGGAAGCGAGUGAAGUGGUGGGGACGCGGCGGCGGCGCUGACAAUGAGUUUUCUUGGAGGCUUUUUUGGACCCAUUUGUGAGAUCGAUGUUGUCCUUAAUGAUGGGGAGACCAGGAAAAUGGCUGAAAUGAAAACUGAAGAUGGCAAAGUAGAAAAACACUAUCUUUUCUAUGACGGAGAAUCCGUUUCAGGAAAGGUAAACCUAGCCUUUAAGCAACCUGGAAAGAGGCUAGAGCACCAAGGAAUUAGAAUUGAAUUUGUAGGUCAAAUUGAACUUUUCAAUGACAAGAGUAAUACUCAUGAAUUUGUAAACCUAGUGAAAGAACUAGCCUUGCCUGGAGAAUUGACUCAGAGCAGAAGUUAUGAUUUUGAAUUUAUGCAAGUUGAAAAGCCAUAUGAAUCUUACAUCGGUGCCAAUGUCCGCUUGAGGUAUUUUCUUAAAGUGACAAUAGUAAGAAGACUGACAGACUUGAUAAAAGAAUAUGAUCUUAUUGUUCACCAGCUUGCCACAUAUCCUGAUGUUAACAACUCGAUUAAGAUGGAAGUAGGCAUUGAAGAUUGUCUACACAUAGAAUUUGAAUAUAAUAAAUCAAAGUAUCAUCUAAAGGAUGUGAUUGUUGGAAAAAUUUACUUUUUAUUAGUAAGAAUAAAAAUCCAACAUAUGGAGUUGCAACUGAUCAAAAAAGAGAUCACAGGAAUUGGACCCAGUACCACCACAGAAACAGAAACAAUUGCUAAAUAUGAAAUAAUGGAUGGCGCACCAGUAAAAGGUGAAUCAAUCCCAAUAAGACUAUUUUUAGCAGGAUAUGAUCCAACCCCUACAAUGCGAGAUGUGAACAAAAAAUUUUCAGUAAGGUACUUUUUGAAUCUAGUCCUUGUUGAUGAGGAAGACAGAAGGUACUUCAAGCAGCAGGAGAUCAUUUUAUGGAGAAAAGCUCCUGAAAAGUUGAGGAAACAGAGAACAAACUUUCACCAGCGAUUUGAAUCACCAGAAUCACAGGCAUCUGCUGAACAGCCCGAAAUGUGAACUGAAUAGGAGAAAAAAAGAAAAGCAAAAAACUCCUAUGUCCAUUGAGAUGAAGUUCAGCUUGUUAAAGAUGGCUGCAGCUUGUGGGGGGGGGAAAGGCCAAAACUCCAUUUAUAAUAGUCUUCCUUUAUCUUACAGUGCUGCAUUUAUUUUAUGAUACAACUAAAUAUUCUUCAUGUAUAUACAUUAAAAAAAAAAGCGCUUUCUUUGAAACAC